CUUUUGCAGACAUGAAAUGGGAUGCCACUUGUCACUUGGUAAACAUUAAUGUAACAAUGGCUUUGCUCUUGCAAAUUAUGCACUGGAACGGAUCAAAACACAUGAAGUAGAAAACAAUAGAAUUUCAACCCAUUGCAUCCAUUAUCUCUUAAUUUAUUCAAUCCAGCCAUUAUCAAAUUGCUCAAUAGAAUCAAGUGCUUUUCUUCUCUUUUUUUUUUUUCCUCCAAAAACCAUUCUUUCUGAUUUUGGCAAUAAAAAAGAACAUUCGUUUAUUUAUUUUUUUCAUUUUCUUUGGAAAUGAGUAUUGGUUUUUGGUGUAAUUGAACAAACCCAAUUGUUGAUUUGGUUGAAAAAAAGAUUACUCAAAUGGGUAUUAGUUAUUUUGAUAAAGGAUCUGAUAAGAAUGAUGAGUUUGUGAUCAAAAGAAUAGUGCAAUUAUAGUGGCUUUUGGUAUUGAAGAAGUCAUUUGCAAUGGGGAGUUUCCUCAUUGGAUUUGCAUUGCCUAUACUGCUUUUGACAGCUGCUCUAGUCAAUUGGAGUUUGAUGUCUCUGGCCGAUUUGUUAGCCUUUCUCUUCAUACAGUAUUCUGCACCAAAAAUUGGCUUUCAUCAUCAAAGACAAUCUCUACUAUCAUGGUGUACGCUUACUUUUUCUUCACUGGCCGUUCUUUCACAUGCCAUAUUUCACUUUGUAUGGGCUGUUAAGGGAGAUCAGUGGAGUAUAUCUGAUGCUCAAUGGGCUAAGUUAGUCGGUUUCCUAAGUGUUCAUUCUUGGAGGUUGCCGUAUGUAGUAUGUUUUUUGGUCCUCCAGGUAGCUGCAGCUGUUAUUGCUGCAACUGAAAUCUAUAGAAGCAGAUUUGGUCUGGAUUUACAGAAUGAUUCUGGCUUGGGGCAUCUUUAUUCUUCCAUCAUACGCAUAGGUUCUCGUCUCAGGGUUUUGUGCUGCUUCUUAUUGCCCGCUGUACAGCUGGUUGUGGGAAUUAGUCAUCCAUCUUGGGCAUCCUUACCAUUUUUCAUAUGCAGCAGUGUCGGACUUGUUUAUUGGUCCAUUACAAGCAAUUUCUUGGGCCUCUUCCAGUGGUGGAGGUAUCUUCUGUGGUAUGCGGGCUUAAACAUUGUCCUCUUGUAUGUCUAUCAACUUCCCAUUGAAUUUUCUGGGAUGGUCCAAUAUGUUGCUGGUUUCAUUGGCCUCUCUAAGAUAUCUGCACAAUCAGAGUGGUCUGAAAUCUGUUCCUGCCUCGCACUUUUAGUUUUCUACAUUAUGUUAUCUUGGAUUAGAUGUGAUCUUACAGAAAUGAAUUUUAUCAUGUCCACAAGAGAAAGCAGCUUGACUGAGCAACUGCUUCCCCAAAAGCAUUCUUUUUUUAUUCAUAAAUCAAGAUCUGGUGCAAGGCACACAAAUGUUAUGUUGAGAGGAGCAGUCUUUCGGACUUUUAGUGUGAACUUUUUCACUUAUGGUUUUCCAAUUUCUUUGCUUGCUCUGUCGUUUUGGAGUUUCCAUUUUGCAAGUAUCUGCGCAUUUGGAUUACUUGCUUAUGUUGGCUACAUUUUGUAUUCCUUCCCUUCACUGUUCCACUUGCACCACUUGAAUGGUUUGCUUCUCGUCUUCAUUCUCUUAUGGGCUGCUGGUACCUACAUCUUCAACGUGGCAUUCACUUUCCAAAAUAAGAAAUUGUGGAAGGAUAUGGAAAUAUGGGAAACUAUUGGUUUAUGGCAUUAUCCUAUUCCAGGAUUUUAUCUACUUGCACAGUUUUGUCUUGGUGUCCUUGUGGCUUUGGGCAAUCUUGUGAACAACUCUGUUUUCCUAUACUUGUCCGAUGGAGAUAGAGAGUCGUCCUGCGAUGACUUCACAGUAGAAGAGAGUGAAGAGACCAAAGUAUUGAUUGUAGCUACAAUAGCAUGGGGACUGCGUAAAAGCUCUCGCGCCAUAGCUCUGGUGUUGAUAUUUCUUAUUGCAUUGAAACCUGGCAUCAUUCAUGCUAUAUAUAUGGUGUUCUUUCUAAUAUAUCUGUUAAGCCACAGCAUCAGUUGGAAGAUUCGUCAAUCACUGAUUGUUUUAUGUGAGGCACAUUUUGCCCUGUUGUAUAUUUUUCAGCUUAACAUAAUUUCUAAAGCCUUGGAAAAGAAAGGCUCAUAUUUCGUGGAUAUCCUCUCUCAGUUAGGUUUUCUUAAUCAUGCAAGUUCUGGGGAUCUCUUGAAGAUAGCAGCGCUUGCUUGCUCUUGUGCUAUUCAUAAUCAUGGAUUUGAUAUGGUGUCCUCGUUUUCGGCAAUUCUGCAGCACACUCCCAGCCCCCCAAUUGGGUUUAGCAUAUUGAGAGCUGGUUUAAUCAAAUCAGUUCUUUUGUCAGUUUCUACUUCAGUAUCCACAAGGAGCCAUGACAGCAACUCUUCUCAUGAGAAAUGGAUAGUAUCAUAUCUGAGAGCAAUAGAGCAGAAGUUUCUCUCAGUGUACCGAUCACAUGGAACCUACAUAGCCUUUCUGACAAUUCUUUUCACUGUAUACCUAGUAAAGCCUAAUUUUAUUUCAUUUGGUUACCUGUUCUUCCUUCUGUUAUGGAUGACUGGAAGACAACUGCUGGGGAAGACAAAAAAGCGCCUUUGGUUACCAUUGAAAAUUUAUGCAGUUUCAGUGUUUAUUCUCAUUUAUAACUUCAGCAUCUUCUACAGUUUCCGGAUGUGGUUAUCCAGGAUUUUUUAUUUAUCUUCUGCCUUCGGAUAUAACCCAGAAGCUCCCAUGUUGGAAAACAUUUGGCAGUCCGUUUCUGUAUUAGUUGUAAUGCAACUUUAUAGCUAUGAGAGGAGACAGAGUAAGUUUUCUCCGCCAAAGGACAUUGAUGCACCACAGAAGAGUUCCUUCUCUUUCAUGAAACGUCUUCUUAUUUUGCACAGUGAGAAGAUAUUAUAUGUUGCUUUGUUUUACGCGUCUCUCUCCCCUAUAAGUGCAUUUGGUUUCCUGUACCUUUUGGGUUUGGCUGUCUGUUCACCUUUACCAAAGUCUUCUUGGAUCCCUUCAAAAUUGUUUCUAGUUUACUCAGGAUUUCUUGUGAUGCUUGAAUAUCUUUUCCAGUUAUGGGGUAGCCAGGCGGAAAUGUUCCCCAGUCAAAAGCACUCUUCUCUUGCACUUUUCCUGGGAUUGCAGCUCUACGAGCCUGGCUUCUUGGGUAUAGAAUCAGGCUUGAGGGCAAAAAUUUUGGUUAUUACUUCAUGUGUUCUUCAGUACAAUGUCUUCCGUUGGUUAGAGAUUAUGCCAAGCAAUUUUGAAAAUGGAGGUAGAUGGAAAGAGCCUUGUGCGUUGUUUGGCUUAUCAGAAGAAACCCCAACGAAGCACACAAUAGUUGCCAGCCACUUGUUAGAAAAGCAAAAGGAAGGGAGAAGUCUUUCAUGGCCUUCGUUUAGCCAUUUUAUAUCCCAAGGCUCGGAUGGCAUCUCCUCUGAAGGAGGAGGCUUUGAAGGCAGCAACACUGGAAAAUAUUCAAAAACCUGUGGAAGCUCCAGAGAGAAUACAAAUAAGUGGAAUCGAAAACGAAUUCAUAUAUUGAGAAAAGAAAGACUUCACCUGCAGAUGAUUACUUUAAAAGCAUGCAUGAAGUUUUGGAUCGAGAAUGUAUUCAAUCUCUUUGGGCUUGAGAUUAACAUGAUUGUAUUACUUCUUGCAAGCUUUGCUGUGCUUAAUUCUAUCUCCUUGCUUUAUGUUGCAUCACUUGCUGCUUGCAUUAUUCUACCUCGGAAUGUCAUGCGAAAACAGUGGCCCAUAUUCGUAUUCUUGUUUGGUUCUGUUAUUAUCCUCGAGUACUUAGCCAUUUGGUUGAAUCAGACAUUUUGGAAGCAGGAUGCUGGUUCUGACAUGCAAGUUUCAUGUAAUGACUGUUGGAGAAAUUCUGAUCUAUACUUUGACUAUUGCAAAAACUGUUGGCUAGGAAUCAUAGUUGACGAUUCGCGAAUGCUUAUCAGCUAUUAUGUGGUUUUCAUGAUUUCCUGUUUUAAAUACCGCGCUGAUCGCUUGUCCAGUCUUCCAGCAUCAGAGACAUAUCGACACAUGAUGUCUCAAUAUAAGAAGGCGUCACUCAAUGAUCUCUUGUUUGAAAGGAAAUUCCUGUGGACAUUUCUUGAUUACCUAAGGCUUUAUAGUUAUUGCCACUUACUAGAUCUUGUCCUGACUUUGGUUUUAAUCACGGGGACACUUGAAUUUGACGUUCUACACCUUGGAUACCUUGGUUUUGCUCUGAUUUUCUUUCGAAUGAGGCUUCAAGUGCUAAAGAAGAAGAAUGAAAUCUUCAGGUUCAUGAGGAUGUACAACUUUACUGUGAUUGUCCUUUCUCUUGCUUAUCAAUCCCCUUUUCUGGGGGAUUUUUGCACGGUGAAAUGUAAAAUGAUAGACAACAUAAGUGAGGUGGUGGGAUUUUAUAAAUAUGACUACGGGUUCCGAAUUACAUCAAGAUCAGCAUUAGUUGAGAUUAUCAUAUUUAAGCUGGUAUCACUACAAUCAUAUAUGUUUUCAGCACAGGAGUUUGAUUAUGUGUCUGAAUAUCUUGAAGCGGAGCAGAUUGGUGCUAUAGUACGGGAGCAGGAGAAGAAGGCUUCCUGGAAAACUUCACAAUUGCAACAGAUAAGAAAAUCUGAAGAGGAGAAGCGCUUGCGUAAUUUACAAGUGGAAAAGAUAAAAUCAGAAAUGCUUAGCCUCCAAAUUCAGCUUCAGAAUAUCAAUGCCUCUCAAAGUCAAGGCAAUUGGAGAAGAAGCUCAUCUCUAAGCACAGAAAUAGUUAAAAGCAUCACAGGAAAUGAGGAAAUGGAUUUUAAGAAGCAAUCUGUUGAUUUAAACACUGAUUUAUUAUUUUCUUUUGAUGUGAACAUGAGUGAAUCUCCCAGAAACCAAAGCUCGCAAGAUCUUUCAGCAGUGCACUCGAGGAAGCAUUCAAUGGACAUUCUCAAUGAGAUUAAUGGGCUAAAAGGUAAAGCCACUAGUUUUGAGUUUCUGGGUUCACAUGAGAGAGAUGGAGCAAAACCUCAAGCCAAGAAAAGGCCACUACUCUCAGCUGUACAUUUCUUCAAUGACGGAGUUUCUCAAGUUCAAUCUCUUAGUACCAUGGCAGUUGCCAGUAUAGUGAGUUUCUUUAAUAUAAAACGUGAAGUUCCAGAUCUCGAUGAUGACUCUUCUAUUGAUGAGGUAUACUAUGAGAUAGAGAAUGAGAACACGGGGUAUGAACCUAUGGACCGCACAUUUUCUAUGCAAUCUGAUGACGAGCUGGCCACCUCUGACAGUGCAUGCUUGCAAAUUGGGAUGAUCCUCCGCUACAUGUGGGCCCAAAUGCGAUGUAACAACAACGUUGUUUGUUAUUGUUGCUUUGUUCUAAUCUUCAUGUGGAGUUUCAGUUUGCUGUCGAUGGUUUAUCCUGCAAUUCUCUUUCUAUAUGCUCUGUGUGUAAGUACAGGUCCAAAUAACAUGUUUUGGGUUAUUAUGCUGAUUUAUACAGAGGUGGCAAUAUUGGUCCUGUAUGUAUAUCAAAUAAUCAUCCAACAUUGUGGAUUGAUCAUCAAUAUCAGUUUUCUUCAGGAACUAGGAUUUCCUUUGCAUAAAAUCAUGUCAUCUUUUGUAAUCAGCAACUUGCCUCUUUUUAUGGUGUACUUAUUUACUCUCCUGCAAACCUCCAUAACUGCUAGAGACAGUGAAUGGGCAACAAUUGAUGAAACCAUCUUUCGUAAGAGAAGAAACAAGUUCCAAGAAGAAGCUGUUAAGGACUGCAAGAUGAGGAUAAAGGCAUUGCUUGUAUCUGCUAAAACUUUUGUGAAACGAUUCAUUAGAGGCCUCCAUACAUAUUGGAAAUCUCUGACACAGGGAGCAGAAACUCCACCUUACUUCGUACAGGUGUCUAUGAAAGUUGAUUUGUGGCCUAGGGAUGGCAUUCAGCCAGAGAGAAUAAAAUCAGGAAUAAACAAGCUACUCAAGAUUAUGCAUGACAGAAGAUGUCAGCAAAGGAGCACAAGCCAUUUCCACUCGAUCAGUAGGGUUCGAGUUCAAAGUAUCGACAAAAGUCCAGAAAAUGAUAAUGUUGCUCUGGCUGUUUUAGAAGUGUUAUAUGCCUCUCCUUUAAAAGAAUGUAUCCAAGCAGAGUUUUACAAGUCGCUAACUCCAGCAGCAGAUGUAGCAUAUGAGAUUCUAGAAGCUGAACGUACUGGUGUUGUUGAGAAGAUAUGGUUCCCUUACCCAAUAAUCUCAGUUAUUGGUGGAGGAAAGAAAGAUAUUGAUCUCUAUGCCUACACAUUUUGUGCUGAUUUGGCUGUUUUUUUCUUGGUGUCCAUGUUCUACCAAUCAGUCAUGAAAAACAACACCGAAUUCCUCGAAGUUUAUCAGCUUGAAGAUCAAUUCCCAAAAGAGUUUGUAUUUAUCUUAAUGGUGAUCUUUUUCUUGAUAGUGCUUGAUCGUAUUAUAUACCUGUGUUCAUUUGCCACUGGGAAAGUCAUCUUCUACCUUUUCAAUUUUGUCCUCUUCACAUACUCGAUCACAAAGUAUGCAUGGAACAUGGAGCUACAAGACAGACAUGCUGCAAGAUUUGCACUCCGGGCUAUCUAUUUCACAAAGGCAAUUUCUCUAGCUUUUCAGGCCACACAAAUAAGAUUUGGAAUUCCACACAAAAGCACUCUAUAUCGGCAGUUUUUGACUAGUAGCAUUUCACAAAUUAAUUAUCUGGGUUUCCGACUUUAUCGUGCUCUGCCAUUCCUUUACGAACUGCGAUGUGUGCUUGAUUGGUCUUGCACGACUACAUCUCUGACUAUGUAUGACUGGCUGAAGUUGGAAGACAUUCAUGCCAGCUUGUUUCUUGUCAAAUGCGAUGUGGAUCUGAACAGAGCAAAACACCAGCAAGGAGAAAAGCAAACCAAAAUGACCAAGUUUUGCAAUGGGAUAUGCUUGUUCUUCAUAUUGAUGUGUGUUAUGUGGACUCCUAUGCUGAUGUAUAGCAGUGGUAACCCCACAAACAUUGCUAACCCAAUUAAAGAAGCCAGCAUUAGGAGUGAUAUAAGGACGACUAGCGGGCGAUUAACAUUAUUUGAGACAACAUUGUGUGAAAAGAUCUCGUGGGAUGAAGUUGGUUCCCAUAUUGAUCUUGAUCCUCAAGGUUAUUUACGUGCAUAUGAUAAGAAAGACAUUCAAUUGAUAUGCUGCCAAGCCGAUGCUAGCUCCCCGUGGCUUGUUCCACCUGUAGUCCAGGCCAGAUACAUGGAAUCCCUCAGGUGGAGCAUGGACAUCAUCUUUUCUUGGCAGUUAACUAGAGAUCGGCCUAAAGGAAAGGAAGUUGUGAGAUAUGAAUUGUCCGUUCAAGGUGAGGACCUUCCAACAUAUUCAGAAGUAAUGGCAGUGCUAAAUGGUACCACCAAUAGCUUCAGGAUAUAUAAUGUUUAUCCAAGAUACUUUCGAGUCACAGGAUCUGGUGAAGUGAGGCUUUUGGAAGAGUUGGUAGGUCUGGUUAGUGGGGAUCUUGUUCUCAACCAUGGGGAUUCAGAAUGGUGGUCUUUCCAUGAUACUGAUGUGUCAUCUGGAUGUGGUGAGUUUGCAGGUCCAAUGGCCAUUAUUGUCUCCGAGGAAACACCACAGGGAAUUCUAGGUGAAACACUUAGCAAAUUCAGUAUUUGGGGUCUCUACAUUACCUUUGUGCUGGCAGUUGGCCGUUUUAUCAGACUACAAUGUUCUGACCUGAGAAUGAGGAUACCAUUUGAGAAUCUUCCUUCUUGUGACAGGUUGUUAGCAAUCUGCGAGGAUAUCUAUGCUGCAAGAGCAGAGGGUGAGCUUGAAGUUGAAGAGGUCCUCUAUUGGACACUGGUGAAAAUCUAUCGUUCUCCACACAUGCUGCUGGAAUACACCAAGCCUGACUAAGGUGUCAUCACUGGCUACUUGCAAGCCUAAAUGCUGAUAUCUAGCACUGACUUGACUUAUACUGGAAAAGCUCUCCAAGAGAUGUGAUAAUUAAAGGGAGUUAAUGAUUCAAUUGGCCAUGGAAGGCUCUCAUUAUCAUUUUUAUUUCUUUUAUUUCCCUUCUCCUGAAACUGGUUAAUGAGCACUCGAGUGUUGUAGACAGCAGAAAGAUGUAUAAACCAUCUAGUAUAACAGCUUCUGCAGUCCACUUAGCUGUUAUGCUUAACAAUGCUACCUCUAAACUUGCAUAGUCUUUCUUCUUCUUUGUUCUUUUUUCUAAUGGAAAAACCUGUAUAUUCUUA